AUGAAAUCUAAAAAACGCCAUCAUUCUUCUUCAGAGGAAUCCGAUGAAUCAAAUGAAAGUGCAAAAUCCAGCAGUUCAUCUGAUAGCGAAAGUGAUGACUCUUCUGUGUCGGAGCACCGGUAUAAGAAGAAAAGAAAACAUGUCGUGUCCUCUGAUUCUGUGAGUCAAUCCGAUGAUCAAAAACGCUCUAAAAAACGCAAGCAUAAGAAGAAAAAGAAAAAACAUGGAAAAAAGAAAAGGCGUUCGGAAUCUGUAGGACGUGGCUCUGUCGAAAAUAUUUCGUCUUUAAGUGAGGGAGAAAUUACUUCAAAAAAGAAAAGAAAACAUAAGCAUAAGCAUUCAAAGCGUGCUGCUGAUUCUUCUGCAAGUGAAGUGGAAGAACAUGAACCCCGUUUGCAUAGUGUUGUGAAAGAGCGUCGAGUUUCCUCCGAAGAGGGAAGCCAACCAUCUCGGACAUACUACCAGAAAGAAUUUAGACGCUCAGCAUCGGUUGAAAAUUAUGAAAGAGAACGUGAAGUUCAGCGUUUUUACCGAGGGUCCAGUAAAGAGCAUCGGCAUCCUUAUCCAGAGCAAUAUGGAUAUGAAAGGGAACGUAAUGAGAGAUUUGUACCAUAUCAAGAUAAAUAUGAUAAAAGCAGAGAAAGAUAUGUUCAAAGCAUGCCUUAUAAUCCUAAUGCUGAAUAUAACAGAAGAUAUAAGGAAUUUGAUGAAUACAAAAGGUACAAUGUUACAAAAAAUAUUUCCACUUUAUUUUGCUAA